CAAGUCCAAGUCCAAGUCAAUCACGCUGCUGCAAGAACGUGAGGCUUGUCGAGGUCGAGGUUGUUACUUGUUAGUUGCUACCAAAUUUUGUAGAUACAUACUUGCCACUUGUAUUUCUCAUUUUUUCUAGCAUUCAUAGACCAGACUGAAAUUCACCUUAUUUUCACAAUCUUUAAACAUAGCACCUGUUCUUGGUUAUUGCACUUGAUUUUAAGUCUUCCUGUAAAGGUGUAGCCAUAAUGCAAGCAUUGUAAGUUCACUUGGUGAAAUGGGUGCUUUUUCCACGGACUCUCAGAAGAAACCAGAGCUGACCUUGAAGAUUCAAGGUCUUUUUGAGAUAUAACUUGAAUUUGCGAGCAAAACAAGACACAGAAAAGACAGCCAAAAUCAUGUGUUCCACAAUACACGUACUGAGUCGAGUACAGCUCGACUUGGCUAACUCCCAAUCCUUUAAUUUAACCGGGUCCAAAGAAGUAUAUAUGGAUGAUAUAGAUAAAUGGUGCUUCGCGAUUGCUUUUGUGGCUCGAUUGUUUAUUUAUGCUGCAGUUUUAGCAUUGCUCGCGAUUGUUGUAUUUAUGAUUAUGAGGUAUCUUGAAAACUUGGAGGAUCGGAGGAUCGAAGGGGAAGAGGUAGGAACUGAAACAAAUCCAUUGUUGUCAGCAAAGACAAUGCCAAUCACAUAUGGAACUUGUGGAGACGAUUUGGAAUCAGGGAAUUUUAGUUGUAGUAGUAGUAGCAAUAGUGGUAGUAGUAAUAAUACUAGUACUUCCUCAGAGGACUUGUAUGAUGGAAAAGUAUGUGUAAUAUGCUAUGAUGAGCAACGCAAUUGUUUCUUUGUGCCUUGUGGUCACUGUGCUUCCUGUUAUGCCUGUGCUCAAAGGAUUUUUAAUGAAGAAAACAAGACGUGCCCAGUAUGCCGAAGAUCCAUUGGCAAAAUAAGAAAACUUUUUGCCUCUUAGGACUAUAUAUAUAUAUAUAUAUAUAUAUAUAUAUUUUUUUUUUUUUCCUUUAUUUUGCGUGAACAAAUAUAUUUGUAAUUUUUGGGAGAGGAUUGGAAAAAUGUCACUGGGCUAGUUUUUGUUUUUUGUUUUGGGCUGAAAAUGUCACUGGGCUAGUUGAUAGCAAAGUAGGAAAAAAGUGAGGUAGAGUAUAUAGGGUUUGCUUAAUUCAGAAUUCUUUUUCUAAUUGGGCCCAUUAAGACCAAUCUGUUAUGUAUUCGACUUUCGGCUUCCAGCACCAGUGAAAUAAAAAAUAAAAAAAAUAGAUAGAAUUUUUUAGGGGCAA